CGCGCGCCAAAAUUGGCAGUGACAAGUUUUUGGACAAGUCUUCGUAUUGACUCACUCCAUCAAUAAUCGUUUCCACGACAACUGGCCCUGUGCGAGUCAGUGGAUUUCAUAUUUACUUUCUGUCAGCUUAAUAGCAGUUUAGAAACUCUACUCACGAACAUGGGUGAUACAUGUACUGAAUCAUCUCUUGUACAUGGACUAUCCAAUUUAAAUGUUAAUGAGAGGAUAAGAGACGAUUACAUUAUGUGGGAUGAGUAUUUUAUGUCAAUUGCAUUCCUUGUGUCAAACCGUAGUAAGGACCCAAGUACUCAAGUUGGGGCAUGCAUUGUUAACGACAAAAAUAGAAUUGUAGGACAAGGAUACAAUGGUAUGCCUCGCCGUUGUAGAGACAAUGCAUUUCCAUGGGAUAAGACAAACCCAAACCCCCUCGAAACAAAGUACUUUUACGUUUGUCAUGCUGAAAUGAAUGCCAUAUUCAAUAAGAAUUGUGCUGACAUUAGCAACUGUAAAAUAUACACUGUACUUUUUCCGUGUAAUCAAUGUACGAAGACUAUAAUUCAGUCAGGAAUUUCUGAGGUGGUGUACAUGUGUGAUAAGAACAAAAACAAGCCUGAAGCUAUUGCUUCAAUGAAAAUGCUUGAAGCAGCUAAAGUAAAAUGCAGGCAAUUAAAGUUUACGGUUGAUGGUUUCAAGAUCGACUUUAAACAAUUUGUGUGCUUACAGUGUCCAGCAAACACAAUUGUUCAGGAACGUUCCAAAGAUGGCUUGAGAGGGCGUGAAAAUUGCUUACCAUGGCGUGACUACUUUCUUGCCCUUAGCAUACUAGUUGCUAAAAGGAGCAAGUGCCCUGACCAACAACUAGGGGCAUGUGUUGUAAAUGACGAAAAUUGUAUUGUAGGACAAGGCUACAAUGGGAUGCCCAUGAAAUGCAGUGAUAAAGUUUUUCCUUGGGGCACUGAUAGUACAAAUCCAUUGGAGAAUAAAUUUUUAUACGAGUGUCAUGCCGAGUUGAAUGCCAUUUUGAAUUCUGGAUUAAAGACCAAGGGUUGUGUCAUGUACACUAUAACAUUUCCGUGCAAUGAGUGUGCGAAAGCCAUCAUUCAGAGUGGGAUCAGGAAGGUGGUAUACCUCUCAAAGCCCAAAAAAGAACCCGAAGUAGUAGCAGCCAAGAGAAUGUUUCAAGCAGCAAAAGUUAAAUACAGACAACACAAGCCAAAACAGCAAGUGGUAUAUUUAGAUUUUAAAUCUAUUGAAGGUUAAUCUAUAUUUUGUAGGUGAGGUAAGAAUUUUUAAGUUUUCAAUUUGUUAGGCCCAAUCCUCUAUAGGUCUGUAUGACAACCUGCUUCAAUUUUUCCAGCAAUUGUGGUUGGGAUUUUCAAAUAGUUAGUGCUAAUGUGACUUUAAUUUAACAGUUUUUCAUUUGUUAUGAAAUCUAGCUCUUGACUAGAUUGUGUUAUCUUCCAAAAAAGUUUUGCAUGUUUUAUAUUUGGCAUUUAGAAAUAUGUUGUACUUUUGAUGUAGACACAGCAUUCUAAUAAACGGGAGCAGAGAGCUCAUCCAUGGCACAAGAGUA